AUUGUAGGUGUGUGUGGUGACAGUAUUGAAGGCUUUCCCCUUUAAAUAUCUUUACUACUACCCCGCCCCCCGCCCACUAGAGGUCAGGAUGGCAUAGGAGUUGUGGGCCGUGGGAAGGUCACUUUGCCCGUUUUUUAGACCCAGAGAGUAUUCUCUACGACAUAAACACCGCCUGCAUCCAGGUUACAUACCAACAAACUGUAACCGAGGGGACACUGGACGGGAUGGGGUGAUGUUGGUAAAUUAGGUGGAGUAGAUACUUUAUGUACUAAGUAUUAAUUUCACCGAGGGCCCACCACAUAAUUUCACAGGUGCCAAAUUUUCUAUAUCGCUAGUAAACUUAAAAAAAUACACAUCAUCUGGGUCCAAAGUUUCAAAACAACUGCCGAGCACACAGCAUACCUAGCUGGCCGAUGUGGCAGCGCCCAGAGAAUAGGACUGGUGGCCGCCUUCCGGUUAGAAGCGAGUAGUGCUUCGUAAAGCUGCUACCGGAGGAGGCUGGUAGGGAAAACACGGCUGAGGGCCGUAUUUAGCCGCGGGUCAGUGCAACCCCGGCCUGCGCAUGUCUGAGACUGCGCGGGGAUUCAAAUUCUGUGCGUGGUGCCACCCCUGCCGCAAAAAUUGGAUUUACGGCAGCUCGCACAGGACAAAAUCCUUCCCGCCUCUCCGACUUCUGUUCUUUCCUCGGAACGAGACAAGGCCCAAGAGGGACGAUAAAAUUAGGUCUAAGGUAGGGUGGCUUAGCUUAGAGCGAGGGAAAUAAAAAGUACAUCCUCUGGAGGCUGAUGAGUGCACCUACCACGCCAAAGGAGCGGGUCGGGGGCCGAAAACGCUGAAGUACAGAUGGAUUAACGCGGAAGAAAGGGUUGGGCGGUACCAUCUUCGGAAGGGUAGAGGGAGAUACCACCUUAAAGGUGCAAGGGGUUGGCAAAGAACUGAGAUUAGGAGGUGCCACUUGGCCGAGGCCGGGGGCAUGUGGGAACCCGAAGGUACUGGACAGUCGCCCACAGCCCGACGUCUUUCUCCGGCCAUGAGCAGUCUACUGCGGACCGAGCCGCUGCGCGGGGAGCUCCCUCUGCGAGUGUCCGGCGACCCCUACUCUGUGGUGGUUCUGCUGCAGGGCUACGCGGAGCCGGAGGGGGUCGGCGACGCGGUGCACGCCGACGGUUCUGUGACCCUUAUCCUACCCGGGACCUGGGGCUCGGACUCCAGCCAUCGAGAGGCCCGGUCCACGGGCGGCGAGGCGAAGACGGCCCUGGAGGAGGCAGCCCGCGGCCCCAUCCUCGUGGACACUGGGGGCCCCUGGGCUCGGGAAGCGCUCCUGGGGGCCCUUGCCGGGCAGGGAGUUACCCCCGCAGACGUCACUCUGGUGGUGGGGACCCAUGGACAUUCGGAUCACAUCGGGAACCUGGGGCUGUUUCCCGGGGCGGCCUUAUUGGUCUCGCACGACUUCUGCCUUCCCGGAGGCCACUACCUCCCCCACGGGCUGGGUGAGGAACGGCCCCUGCUGCUGGGGCCGGGACUCGAGGUGUGGGCCACGCCUGGCCAUGGCGGCCAGCGGGACGUGAGCGUGGUGGUGGCGGGCACGGCCCUGGGCACUGUAAUGGUGGUGGGUGAUGUGUUUGAACGCGAUAGCGACGAAGACUCGUGGCAGGCGCUAAGUGAAGAUCCGGUGGCCCAGGAGCGGAGCCGGAAGAGGGUCUUAGGCACUGCUGACGUGGUCGUGCCUGGUCAUGGAGCCCCCUUCAGGGUGGUCAGGGAAGCCUGGAAUCUAGAGAGAAAGGGUCCAGGGACCAGCCGGCGGGAUCCCGUGGUUGUAGACAAGGCGCCCACAGUGCACGGAUAAGCCCUGGAAGAGACUGGGCUCCUGUCAGGGAAGCUCCCCCAUCCCCUCAGCCAAAGAGCUGACGUCCAGGACACUGAGAGGACCCUGUCAGCCAGAGUCAGAGAGUCGGGGUGGCAACUACCAGCCUUUGCAGGAGGCCGGUUUUCCAGCGAGGUCAGAGUGCUUCUGCCACUGCUGUCACCAGUAUCACGAUUUUUGCUACCAAACUAGGACCAAGGACUGGAUCUGUUAUGUGCCACCUCUCCAGGCUCCAUUGAUAAAGUGGGAGAAUGUUCUUGGGAGAGUCCUCCAAAUAAAAAAUAGGGAACUACAUUGAAACUCAUAACUGCCCUGUUGUAACCCUGAAGCAUUAAUAGUGACAAUCAUGCAAAUGUGAUCAGCAACUGCAACACUGGCCAUUGCUUGUUUCUCAUGGGAUGCGUGUUGCUGAGAGAAAGUUCAGGGCAGGAAAGUAACACCUUAGUCAUCUGACUUUAAUUCAUUCAUUCAUUCGUUGAGUCAAUGAAUAUUUAACACCUGCAAGGUCUCAAGCAGUGCUCUAGGUCACCGGGAUACAGCAGUGAGCAAGCUAGACAAACUCCCUGCCCCUCCUGGAGAAGAGAUUCUACUGAGAGAAGUAAACAACAGUAAUAAUAGUAGUAAACCAAAUAAUUACAAGUUGUAGUUAGUGAUGGGAGAAAAAAGACUGAGAAGAGGAUAGACUGCUGGGGUGGGAGAGCGGUAAGGGAAAGCCACUGAGGAGAUGCUGUUUGAUAAGAGAACUGAAUGAAAAGAAAGCCAGCCAUAUGAGGAUCAGGGAAAGGGGCCUUCAAGACAAGGAACAGCAGAUAUAAAAGCCCUGAGACAGGACAGCUUGACCUGCUUGAGCAGCAGGAAUCCAUGGGGUUGGUUGAGCGGCAAUAAAUGAGGGUGCAGAGUUAGGCAGGGCCUUUAUGCAGGGCCUGGUGGACCACGGUGAGGGGUUUGGAUUUUUACUGAGCUCGAAACUUGUGGGUUUUGAGCAGGCUAAUAACCUGGUCUCAUUUAUGUUUCAAACUAAUUACUUGUUCUGAGUGGAAAAGGGGUAGGACUGGAGCAAGAAUAGAAUCAGCUGUAGUUAGGAAGUUAUUGCCGUCUUCCAGGGGAGACAAGUUGAUGGUACCUGCCCGUAUCCCAGAAGUCCUAUUAUGACAGGUCCUCUUCACAACUGUCCCGGUAUCCAAGCCUUCUAUCCACGCAGCCCCAGGACUGACAGAAGCACUCGGGUAGAUGAGGAGAGGAGGAAGUCUACCUUGUGGAUGAUGAGCCGCCCUGGGUGGCUGCUGUUGGGCACGGCCAGGCUGGAGGUCAUUUCCCAGGCAUCCACAAAGGCCACACGGAGGUCAGCAAAGGCAGUUCGGAGGAGCUGGUUCAGCGGGAAGAUGAAUCAUUCGCUGCCAUACACAGACUUGUAGCUGGUGUUGACCAGCUUGAGAACCACAAGAUUGCAACCACAGCUGCCCAGAUCCCUGUCAGUCAUCAGAUAAAGAAGGAUUCCAGGAAGGUGGUAAAGUGGGCCCAAGCACCACCAUGGUUUGGGGGUCCCUGGCCAGGCCCCCCAGCUCUGGGGCCACAGAG